AUACUAUUGAUCUUUUUUACAAUCUUAACUCAUCUGUUAUUCAAGUUCCACUGCUGAAGACUGGAAACAGUUGGUGGACAGAUAAAAAUGUGAAAUUUCGCAAUCCAAAGUCAUACAAUCUCUCUUCUGCAUUUGCAGGGACAGCAAGACCUCCUUACUGGCAGAAACCAGUAUAUUUGUUAGACGAGGAAGAUGAAAGGAACAACGGUUAUAUAAAUGACGACUUCAUUAUCUGGAUGCGAGUGUCAGCCUUUGCUACGUUCAGAAAUCUUUACCGUCGUGUCAGCCGGAUAAGGCAGUUUGCGGAUGGCCUCCCAGCAGGGAAUUACACUUUUCGUAUUUCGUAUAAUUUCCCUGUUACCAAAUUCAAGGGGAGGAAGCAUGUGAUUCUUUCAACCGUGGUAUGGAGCGGAGGAAGUAACCCAUUCCUCGGAAUUGCCUACGUGGUUUCUGGCACAGCAGCAACCCUGACAGGUUUUGUCAUAACUGCCAUCCACUUAAAGCUCAGAAAAAAGAAAACAUACUUUCAAAAGUAAUAAGAUUCCCUGGCUUUCUGAACGAAGGCAAAGGUGUGCUGUGAACGAAGAACAUGCAGCACAGACCUUUCAUUCUUUCCCCUGAGCUCUGGAUCUGUUUCAGUAACAGGUUUGGUGAACAUAAACAAAUUGAGGGGCAGGGCUAUUCCAUCAUCCAAAACCAAACUUACCUGAGGCUGCAUUCUUACUAAUGUAUGUGUGCUAAAUUUGUUUCUUAGGAAACUUGUAGUGAGAUGAGCUUCAAACA